AUGGGAGGACUUAAGCCGACACCAACCCAGACGGCCAACAUUCCGGACGCAGGCAACAUGGCAGACCUUCCUCGCUCCACAUCAAGCAGCAUCAAGGGUGGCGACGAGGCCGCCUCGGGCUGCACCAUCUGCGGCUUCGACAACAACGCGGACAACAUUUUGCUGUGCGACGGCCCCAACUGCGCUGCCGAGUACCACACGUACUGCCUCGAUCCUCCGCUCGAGGAUGUGCCCGAAGACAACUUCUACUGCCCUGCAUGCUGCAACGGGCCCGCGUAUGAGUUUCGCGCUCGUCCAGACGAUCAGGAGACAGUAAGCGCAGCGUCCGACCGGUUCGAGCUCCGUCCGUGCAAAGGCUUUGUCGGCGUCUUGCGGCGCUGGCUCAAGCGCGAGAACGGCAAGUGCUCCAAGGUCUUUUACAAGCCUUUCGUCGCCGACAUCCCGACCGUCCAUCUCCGCGUCAGCAGCAACAAGGAUGCGAACGCAUACGAGACGGAAGCUGCGGCCGCCAAGGCGUACGACCAGUUUGCUUUCAACCUCGCGCUCACCGAGGACCGCGACGUCGGUGUUGUCAGCUUCAACUUUCCGGCCAAGCUCGAAGACUAUCGCCGUGCCGGCAAGCCGCUGCGCACGGACGUCGAGGACGCCGCACGCCGGGCCUCCCGCCGCACCAAGACCGACGUGCGCGGGCAGAAGCGUGCGACCGAGCCCGAACCUCCCUCGGCCAAGAAGCGCAAGCUCGAGGGCGAGAUCCCGACCGACUACAUUGGCGUCCACGUGUUUCCUGACCACUCGAUCGCGCAGCUCAGGAUCAUUGAGAAGCUCGUGCAUCUCGGCGAGUUCGAGUCGCCCGAAGAAGCCGCCGAAGCCUAUGACCGGGCGGCCGUCAAGCACUACUGCCGGGGCACGCCGCUCAACUUUCCCAACCGUCUCCCCGAGUACUUGGCCGAGACGACGACGACCGCACCAUCGUACGUGAUUCCCGACAACCGCUACAACAAGAACGUCGGAAAGCUCCGCGAUUGGACCAAGAAGUUGGACCAGACGCGCAAGCUUAUGGAGGCCACACGCCGCGUGCAGUGGCCGUCAUUGGACGCCGACGGGAUCGAAGCCGGCCCCGAGAUUCUCGAAGCCUUUAGCUCCACCGACAAAAAGUUGCGCGAGGCGUGCGCGGCCGUGGAUGCAUCCGUCGAUAGCAUCGUCCAAGAGUCCAAGUACUACCAAGAAAAGUCGCCGACGGGGCUCUUCCUCAACCCGCCGCCCGCCGGCUGCUUUAUCGAGCUCCUGGCGCCGACCGAGUACAUACUGUACUGCAAAGCCAUCAACGACUUUUCGACCAAAACCGACUUUGACGAUAGCAAGUCGCUCAACAAGGCCCUCACGACCCUCCUGGCAACCCGCACAAGCUUUAUCCGCAAGAAGGCGGCCGAAGACAUGUUGAUUCAAGAGCUCGAGGACUUUAUGGCGACGGCCAUUCGAGUCUUCGAGCCGUCGGGGCGGCCCGUCGACGACUCGGGGUAUUUCCCCAACUGCAAGUACGUCAAGACGACGCCGCUCAAGCUCGAAGACGGCACGAUGCUCGUGGACGAAUGCUGCAUCGCGAUCGAGCAACCGGCGGGCGACGUCUACGAGCUCUACCCGCUGCAGACGCUGACGCGCAAGGAGCUAUCCGACGGCACGCCGUUGCUGUGGUCGCUUGACGACGUCGCGGCCCACAGCAUCAACGAGUUGGACGCGUUCACGUACAAGGUCGACCUCUCGGCUACGUCGCAAGAGGACAUUGUCUCGCUCCUGACGACGGCGUUCGACCACGAGCAUUCGCUCCGCAAAGACGUCAAGAGCCUCUUGGAAAGCAAAAAAAAGAGCGUCGAGAAGAUGCGUGCGACCGAGACCAAGCACGACGCCUUCUUGGAGCAGUGGCCGGCCAUCGACGCUGCGCACAACGCCGAAGUCGACGCGCAGCGCGUCAUUCGCGAGAGCGCCGAGCACGACCUUGUGUUUCUCCAGACGAUCGACCAUUUUGUGUCGCCCAACGUGGCGGCGGUGCUCGAAACGUGCAUGCAGCACCUCGCGUCGUACGUGGCCACGCUCACGCGCCGCCUCAAGACGUUCCAAACCGAGUUUGCGUACUACGUCUCGGCCCUCACCGAGCUCCUCGCGGACGGCCUUGACGAUGACUUUGUGUCGGAGAGCUACGUACGCUUUUUCACGCGCGAGUUGCAUGGGCUCUGGAAGGAGAAGCAUGCAGCGACCGAGAUCCUCUACCUCGUCGCGCGCUCGAUGACCAAAGCCAUCGAGACGCAGGGCGCCGUCGGCGACGUCCAAAGCCUCCAGGACACGGUGCGGUCGCUCGUCCAGAAGUGGGAAGCUUUCGAGUGGCCCGCAACACUUCUCGAAGCAGCCAACACCAAAACGUACCUCCAGGACGCCACAUCGGCGCCGACCAUCAUGAUCAAGGCCGAGCCCACCAACACGAUCAACGAGCUUCAGGACUUGCUCGUGUCGACGCUCGAGUCGGCGGUGGCGGCCCCCGCUGCCUCAACUGAGAAGACGCGGACGACGUCGACGCUCGUGCUGUACCAUCCGGUGUGUGUCAAGCACGAGACGCCCAAGGAGCAUCCCGAGUGCCCGGCCCGGCUCACGCGCGUCGUGGCCACGUUGUCGGACUUGAGCGAGCAACACCCGCGGACGCUCCAUGUGCACCGACUGGACGCAAAUGCCGACGCACUCUCGCCGUCCGAGGCCAUGUUGCUGCUUGUGCACUCGCCGCAGUACCUCUCGCAGCUCAAGGCGCGUGCGACGGAAGCCUCCAGCGACGCACUGGUCUUUGAGACGGACCCUGGCGACGACAAUGACGGGGCGACGCAGCCUCUACCAGACGCGAUCCGGCCAUUUGCCAACGCGGGGGGCGCGUUCCGUGUCGCCGCGCUGCAGAGCAGCAACGUCAUGGACACGUACGUCAGCGCCAACUCGUGGGACGUGGCGCGCAUUGCCGCCGGUACGGUGUGCAUGGCAGUCGACAAGGUGCUCCAAGGCGACUACAAGAACGCUGUCUGCUUGGUGCGACCGCCCGGUCAUCACGUCGGUCGGCAUGGCCGGACACCAACGGCGUCGUCGUCGGGCUUUUGUCUCCUCAACAAUGUGGUGAUUGGCGCGCUGCAUGCUCGUAUGCACCCGUCCGUGACGCGCGUCGCGGUGCUCGACUGGGACAUUCACCACGGCAACGGCACGGAGGAGCUCCUUCGCGGCGACCCGCGCUCGUUCUUUUCAUCGAUCCACUUGUUUGUCGAACACUUUUUUCCUGGUACGGGCCCGACGGGGUCGGACGCCAACAUUGUGAACGUGGGGUUGACCGACACGGGGCUGGGCUCGGGUUCCGAGGCCUUCCGUGCGGCCCUGCGGGAUACGGUGCUGCCUGCGAUGGAAGCCUUCCAGCCCGAUAUAAUCUUCAUCUCGGCCGGCUUUGACGGCCAUAAAGACGACAUUAUUGGCGGGCAAGCGGCCGUGGGGAAAAACUCGACGGCACCGGCCGGCUACGUGGAAGCGGACUAUGCGUGGGCGACCAAAGAAGUGCUGGCACUCGCGGACCGGUGCUGCCACGGCCGCGUCAUCUCGGUGCUCGAAGGCGGCUACGACGUCCGAGAGGAAACCAACUCGCUGGCCAAGUCGGUGGCUGCGCACAUUGACGCGUUUUGCGACGUCGGUGACGACGAAGAAGAAGAAAAAGACGAUGGCGAGGCCAUUGUCAAGACCGAAGUUGCGCCGACGUCGACGUCGAGUCGCUUGGCCGCGCUCUUGGCGCGCGAGAUUGACGAGGAUACGAUCUUUAUCGAUGACGACGACGACGAGGUGGCGCGCAAAACAAUCGCGAUCGCCAUCAAGCGCGAAGCCCUCGCGGCGGCGGCACACGCGCCGAUUCACGCGUCGCUCGCCUUGUCCAACAACGAAGAAGAUAUUCCGACAACAGACACGGACGGAGCGCAGACGGUGGAUGACGACGAACCUCGGGCCCACGACGCUGGAGCCAACGAGAGUCCCACCGAGUUAUCUGGGAACGACGAAGCCACUGCCGUUGAGAUGAGCUCAGACAACGUCCAAGAGGCCCCGGUGACGGAUGAUUUAUCCACAGUCGAGGCUGCCGCUUUGGACGAGGCGGCUCCAGUUGCCGACGAGACGCCAGUCGCUGAAGCUACCGCAGCAGUCGAAGCAACAUUGGUUGUCGCUGCUGCACCAGUGACGGACGAAACGUUGGUUGCCGACGCUGCAUCGGUGGUCGAAGCUGCAUCGGUGGUCGAAGCUGCAUCGGUGGUCGAAGUGGCUCCAGUAGCCGAAGCUGCGCCCGUGGUCGAAGCUGCGCCGGUGUUGGACGGCGCUCCAGUUGCCAACACUGUCGCGGUCGCUCACGCCGUCCCGGCACCUAACACUACAGCGACGAAUGAAGCUACCUUGGUGGUCGAAAGCGCUUCAGCCGUGGUCGCUGCAACGGUCGUUGUUCCCGAAGCGCCGUCGGUGUUUGCUUCGAUUGCCCAAGCUGCCCCGACACUUGCCCACGCCCCGAUCGAGACCAUGGAGAUGGUCGAGAAUGCGCCAAUGGACGACGCUAUGGAGGUGGUCGACGAGCCAAUGGGCGACGCGUACGAGAGCGACACUGCGAUGGACGUGCAAGUGCCGACGCCCGAGGCGAUGGAGAUUGUUGCCAACGACACGGGUGACGAAGACGUCGUCAUGGACGGGACGCCCGACGCCGCCGACGAGAACGAAGACAUGGACGCUGGCUCUGAAGCGUCCAUGUAGCCGUCUCGAGUUGGUUUAUCCAUCUCGACAAAUAUAUAUUUUCAACGAUCACUGUCAUUCGCUCGAUGAGGGGUAGG